GAUGCUUCUCUAUUCUUCAAAAUUUUUGCAUAUUUAGAAAUUGCUUCUUUCUGAUCCUUUGGUUCUCCCAAAACUACCUUAUUUACCUGUCAUAAGCCAAGCACCAGAAAAUUGGCAGAAGUCUUUGCCAAUAAAAUGGGAGUGAUAAUGUCAUGUAUUGGCAAGUCAAGCAAGAAUAUGUGCUUGGAUGACAAGAUUGAAAGAAAAAUAGUUGAAAUGAGAAGAUAUAAAUUUGGACAGAGCAAGUUGAAAUCAGUUGAUAGUAUAGUUAUGAUGUUCCCAAUGUUUAAGGAGAGGCUGAAAACUCUAAGAGGAAUGUUUGAACAGUAUGAUGAGGAUUCUAAUGGAUCUAUAGAACCCAAUGAGCUAAAGAAGUUCUUAGAACAUCUAGAACUUCAUCUUAAAGAGAAGGAGAUUGAGAAUCUUUUUGAGUAUUGUGAUCUUGAUGGAAGCAAGGGCAUACAGUUCAAUGAGUUUAUAGUUCUUCUAUGCCUCAUCCAUCUACUAGCAGAACCUUCAUCCUCUGUUAAUUCAUCUAAAGCAGGGUUAGAACAGGUUGGAGAAAUUUUCAAUACCAUAGUGGAGGCCUUUGUGUUUUUUGAUCAAAAUGGUGAUGGAAAGCUCAACAAAAAGGACAUGAUCAGGACACUGAAUGAGACCAACCCUCGUGAAAGAUCCCCUGCGCGCAUCUCUAAACACCGAUUUCAAGAAAUGGACUGGGACAAGAAUGGUCAGGUCACGUUCAGGGAGUUCCUAUUUGGUUUCAUUAAUUGGGUUGGGAUUGAAGCAGAUGAAUAGAGAGAAGAGUUUGAAGUUACAUUGUGCUAAAUGUGUGAGCUUGAC